AUGCUUGGAUAUCUAUCUAUCUAUCUAUCUAUCUAUCUAUCUGUCUGUUCAUAUGUAUAUUCUGUUAGAAACAUGCUUGGAUAUCUAUCUAUCUAUCUAUCUAUCUAUCUAUCUAAACCGAAUUCUUUUAUUCAUAUCUAUCUAUCUAUCUAUCUAUCUAUCUAUCUAUCUAUCUAUCUAUCUAUCUCUCUUGCUGUGAAUCACCCUGAAGAGGUGUGGGCUACUUCAACCUCUCUUACCCUAGCUACACCGAUUGCGAUUACAGCCGCACUACAUGUGAUGCCGCUACGAAGCCAUAUUUGUAUAUCUUUUUCUUUUUCUUCUACUUUUUUUUCUUUCUUUCCUUCUUCUUUCUUCUUCUUUUUCUUCUUUUUUCUUCUUUUUUUCUUCUUCUUUUACUCCUCCCCUUCUUUUUUCUUCUUUUUCAUUUUCUUCUUUUUUUCUUCUUUUUGUUUUUCUUCUUUUUCAUUUUCUUCUUUUUCUUCUUUUUCUUCUUCUUUUACUCCUCCUCCUCCUCCUUCUUUUCUUCUUCUUUUUCUUCUUCGUCCUUUUCUUCUUUUACUCCUUCUUCUUCUGUUCUUCUUCAUUUUCUUCUUUUUCUUCGUCUUUUACUCAUCCUCCUCCUUCUUCUUUUCUUCUUUGUCUUCUUCUUUUUCAUUUUCUUCUUUUUUCUUCUUUUGCUUUUUCUUUUUUUUCAUUUUCUUCUUUUUCUUAUUUUCUUCUUCUUUUUCUUCUUCUUUUAAUCCUCCUCCUUCUUCUUCUUUUCUUCUUCUUUUUCUUCUUCUUUUAAUCCUCCUCCUUCUUCUUCUUUUCUUCUUCUUUUUCUUCUUCUUUUCUUCUUCUUAUUUUUCUACUUCUUCUUUUUCUUCUUCUUUUGCUCAUCCUUCGUCUUCUUUUUUCUUCUUCUUUUUCAUUUUCUUCUUUUUUUCUUCUUCCUUUUGUUCUUGUUCUUUUCUUUGUCUUCUUCUUUUACUCCUUCUUCUUCUUUUUCUUCUUCUACCUGACGCGUCCCUUCAGGACAUGGACGGUCAUAGUUCUCGAAAAUUUCUUAAAACUUUGUCAAAAUUAGAAAAAUCCCCAAUUUUAAAAAAGAAAAAGAAAAUACUUUUGCUCUCUCUGUCACGUAUGACCUCCGUGACUCGCAACAUUCGCGGUUUGAAAGACCACCUUUUAGUUAUUUAA